CGCGGCAGAAGUUUGUCUGAAGCGCUGUAUUACUCUGAUGCAGGUGACACGAGGAGACUUGCACAGGUGAACACAGAAGAUGGUGUUCUGUGUCGACCAGUGACGGACAUGAACGGGAAAGGCUGUAACCUGUUGGUUUCUCCGUCUGGUCCGGCUCAGGUGAGGGUCCAGACGGGUCACUCCUGUUCUCCAUCGCUCCAUCCCGAUGCCACAUCUGGAAACCCGGCCCUUCUUCCCGCGCUGAGCCUCCGCCGGCAGCUGCUGACCAAUGGGAAGCUGGGCUUUCCGCAGUCCUCACGACAUCAAGCCCCGCCCCUUUCGCUCCCAGCAUCCUCUCCCAAACAGUCAGCUCGACCCAGCUGCCUGGACACUGGUACGAAAGGUUACUUGUCUUUGGGGAUGAACAGAAAAGUGUUUGGGCCGUGUAGCAGUUCAAACGUGCAGGUGACAAGCAAUGCCAUGCUGGUCCAGAGUCUGGGUCCGGUUUCUUCACAGACUUCAGUCCAAAACGGCCCACCUCAUUCACUCGCUGUUCCCUUCACUGAUGCCAGGUGUUUGCUGUCUAGAGAAUCCCUGGCCUCGACCACCCUCAGCAUCGCCGAGACGCAAUCGAUUCGCAGCAGUAAGCUGGACUGGCCCUACGGUUACCGCGUUCUGCCUCCUUUAGGACUAGGGUUUAACCAGACUUCAGAAGCAGCCGAUCCCAAUCUCAUUCCCUGGACCUCCAUGUCCGAAUCCGUCUCCAACCCCACGUCUCUACCGCAUUAUCUCUUCAAGGAGGACGCCAGCAGUCAGCGGCUCUCAGCCCGCUCCAAAAAGCGAGCGCUGUCCUUGUCUCCUCUGUCCGAUGGCAUCGGCCUCGACCUCAACUCCAUCAUCCGAACCUCCCCCACGUCGUUGGUGGCGUACAUCAUCGGUUCCCGCACUUCGCCGGCCUCGCGCCCCACUCCUUCUCCUCUGCAGGCCGAUGUUUGUGGACACCUGCUGGGCAUCAGAGGCAGCUACAUCCCUCAUCCCAACACCGGCAAGCACAUCACCAAAGACAGUGCACUAGAAGACCAGUUCACCAAUCUAGCAGUGGAGCACCAACUUCUACCUGGACAGGAGAUCCAAACUGGGACAAAAAACAGCCUGUCGCCUUCAAUACAGCUUCAAUUUGAACUGGCCGCUAUUAUUAGGACUCCUAGUCCUCCUAGAGGCCCUCCACCGCCCUAUAACGCCCAUCUGCGAGCAUCUCACGUUCAGAUCCCAGCGGUCUCUCAGGCGUCUUCAGACAACCUCAGGGUCUUUCCGUCGACUCUCGGCCCGAUGCUGGAGGAGGACGAGGAGGACGUCAGCGGAGGACACUGCUGCCGUUGGCUGGACUGCGGCGCUGUUUACGGCCAGCGAGAGGAGCUGGUCAAGCACAUCGAGAAGAUCCACAUCGACCAGCGCAAGGGCGAGGACUUCACCUGCUUCUGGGCCGAGUGUCCUCGCAAACACAAGCCUUUCAACGCACGCUACAAUCUCCUCAUCCACAUGAGGAUCCACUCCGGGGAGAAACCCAACAAAUGCUCGUUUGAGGGCUGUCAGAAGGCGUUUUCCCGUCUGGAGAACCUAAAAAUCCAUCUGAGGAGCCACACAGGCGAGAAACCCUAUGUAUGUCAGCAUCCCGGCUGUCAGAAAGCCUUCAGCAACUCCAGCGAUCGAGCCAAACACCAGCGAACACACGUCGACACAAAACCCUACGCUUGUCAGAUCCAGGGCUGCGCAAAACGCUACACAGACCCCAGCUCUCUGCGCAAACACCUCAAAUCACACUCCUUAAAGGAGCAACAAGCCCGGAAGAAGUUGAGACGCAGCACAGAUCUCAGUCAGGACGGACUCACCGAGUGUUUGAUGGUUCACAGCCUCGCACCACUGGACCUGAUUGAGACCAAGCGCCAGUCGCCCACUAACGAUCUCUACACUGUGUUCACCCUGAACCAGACAAACGCCCUGCAGAUCCCAUCCGAUCCACAGACCCUUCAGAGCCACAUGCAGCUACCGCCCGUACAGGGAAACAACAGGUUCAGGGUUCCUGUGUCGCAUCAGAUGUCUUCAGUACCCUUGUCAUCUCACCAAAACACUCCCAAACUCCCCAGAUACUCCAGCCAUCCCAGGACAUCCCACCCUGACAGUUUCUCUGCCGAUGUCCAGACCGUGUUCUCAUACAGUGACUCACCGCAGGCUGCCAAACACAUUGCUCCCUGUUCCAUGAUGCAGAUGCCCAUGUUUGAGGACAAUCUGGGCUCCUCGGACCUGCUGCACACAACUCUAUCAGGCAUCGCUGGUAAAAACACAGACAGAUACUAUAAAUCAGCAUGA